GUGUGCAUAUUCAUACAGAGGUUAGAGGUCGACAUCAAGUAGAUUGCUCAGCCACUCCCCACCUUGGCUUAACUGACUGAGCAGCCCACUCUGCGCAUCCAUUGCCUAUAGCAUUAGUCUUACAAAUGAACUUUGCUUGGCUAGGCUUGUUGGUACAUGCUGGGGCUCUGAGCUUGGGUCUUAGAGCUUGUCUCACACUCACUUUACUGACAGAGCUGACUUUAGUCCCUCUCCGUUUCUAUAAUUGGAGACAGGUGCCUCUCUGGUAAGGUCCCAUUCAAUUUUCAAAGAUACACCCACCAGCUAAAAGCUGCUGACCCACCCACGGCGCCAAGGUGCCAAGGCACCUGUCACUGUGUCCCCUGCCGUGUGCUUCCCCCCUUGCCAGUUUCCAUCACUCCCAGGUCUGACUUUAUCUCUGCUGCCCUCUCGACUUCUCAUUAUCUCCCUUAUUUGUUCUCUGGGGCUGCUGAGUCUUUUCUAGAUAUCCAAGGUCAAUUAGGACUUUUGAAAUCUACUGUGGAAGUCCUGGAUAUUGGGUGUGGCCAGGAAGCCUGUGCUUUCUCAUCCACUCAGCCUGUGUUUGUUGAGCUCCUUUUAUGUACCAGCUCUGAGCUUUUCCUUGGGGGCACCUGGCAGUUUAAUGGAAUCCCCUGACUUUGGAGUCAGUGAAGCAGCUCAUCGCUGAGGGUAAUAAAGAAGAGCUACAGAAAUGCUUUGGCACCCGGAUGGAGUUUGGGACAGCUGGCCUUCGGGCUCCUAUGGGAGCAGGGAUUUCUCGAAUGAAUGACUUGACCAUCAUCCAGACCACACAGGGAUUUUGCAGGUACCUGGAAAAGCAGUUCAGUGACCUGAAACAGAGAGGCGUGGUGAUCAGCUUCGAUGCCAGAGCUCACCCGGCCAGUGGAGGCAGCAGCAAGAGGUUUGCCCGACUGGCUGCGACAGCAUUUAUCAGCCAGGGGGUCCCUGUGCAUCUCUUCUCUGAUAUAACCCCCACCCCAUUUGUGCCCUACACAGUGUCACAUCUGAAGCUCUGCGCCGGGAUCAUGAUCACUGCCUCACACAAUCCGAAGCAGGACAACGGCUAUAAGGUCUACUGGGACAAUGGAGCUCAGAUCAUCUCUCCACACGACCGAGGCAUCUCUCAAGCUAUUGAAGAAAAUCUAGAGCCCUGGCCGCAGGCUUGGGACGACUCUUUGAUUGACAGCAGCCCCCUGCUUCACAACCCCAGCACUUCCAUCAGUAAUGCCUACUUUGAAGACCUUAAAAAAUACUGUUUUCACAGGAGUGUGAACAAGGAGAGCAAAGUGAAGUUUGUGCACACCUCUGUCCAUGGUGUGGGUCACGAGUUUGUGCAGCUGGCGUUCAAGGCCUUUGACCUCGCUCCUCCUGAAGCUGUCCCCCAGCAGAAAGAUCCGGAUCCUGAGUUUCCAACUGUCAAAUACCCGAAUCCCGAGGAGGGUAAAGGUGUCUUGACUUUAUCUUUCGCCUUGGCUGACAAAAUCAAGGCCAAAAUUAUCUUAGCCAAUGACCCAGACGCCGACAGACUUGCUGUGGCAGAAAAGCAAGAGAGUGGUGAGUGGAGAGUGUUCUCCGGCAAUGAGCUGGGGGCCCUGCUGGGAUGGUGGCUCUUCACGUCUUGGAGAGAAAAGAACCCAGAUCGAAGCACCCUUAAAGACACAUACAUGUUGUCCAGCACUGUCUCUUCCAAGAUCUUGCGGGCCAUUGCCUUGAAGGAGGGCUUUCAUUUCGAGGAAACAUUAACUGGCUUCAAGUGGAUGGGAAACAGAGCCAAACAGCUAAUAGACCAGGGGAAGACGGUCCUAUUUGCAUUCGAAGAAGCUAUCGGAUAUAUGUGCUGUCCCUUUGUUCUGGACAAGGAUGGUGUCAGUGCAGCUGUCCUAAGUGCAGAGCUGGCAAGCUUUCUAGCAACCAAGAAUUUGUCUUUGUCUCAGCAGCUCAAGGCCAUCUACAUAGAGUAUGGCUAUCAUAUUACCAAAGCUUCAUAUUUUAUUUGCCACGAUCAAGGCACCAUUCAAAAAUUAUUUGGAAACCUGAGAAACUAUGAUGGGAAGAAUAAUUAUCCCAAAACAUGUGGCAAGUUUGAAAUCUCUGCUAUCAGGGACCUUACAACGGGCUAUGAUGACAGCCAGCCUGAUAAAAAAGCCGUUCUUCCUACCAGUAAGAGCAGCCAAAUGAUCACCUUUACCUUUGCCAAUGGAGGUGUGGCGACCAUGCGUACCAGCGGGACAGAGCCCAAAAUCAAGUACUAUGCAGAGCUGUGCGCUCCCCCAGGCAACAGUGAUCUGGAGCAGCUGAAAAAGGAACUAGAUGAGCUAGUUGGUGCCAUUGAAGAGCACUUCUUCCAGCCACAAAAGUAUAACCUGCAGCCAAGGGCAGAAUAAAUCAUCCCAACACUGGACACGAUUACAUUUACCUCCAAUUCAGCGAUUAAGCUGAACUUUUCUUUGUUUUGUUUUUGUUUUGUUUUUGUUUUUGUUUUUUUGAGAUAGGGUUUCUCUGUGUAACAGCCCUGGCUGUUCUGGAACUCACUUUGUAUAGUGAGUCAGGCUGGCCUUGAAAACAGAGAUCCCCCUGCCUGUGCCUCCAGAGAGCUGGAAUUAAAGGUGUGUACCACCUCGCCAGGCUGAACUUGAUUUUUAAAAGCAAUAUUCAUGAGGGCCAAGCCAUCUGGAUAAUUACAAGUAUUUACAUCUUUCAAUAGCACUGUCUUCCUUGGGGUUUUAUACUUUUGGCCCAAAAAGUGAAUAAAGAAAACAUGACCAAACCAAUCAAACUAAUAUCUUUAUGAAAAUGUUAAGUCUGGGCAUUAUCUGAAUUUUUUAAAUAAAAGAUUUUUUUUU